AUAGCUACCUUGUGUGCCAAGUCGAACGUGUUUCUUCGGCUUGUUAGAUCUGCUCGUAGUGUAUUUAACCCCAAGCCGGACCGCGUUGAAAUCCUCAACUGGUCUGCUACUCCAAAGCCCUGAUGUUCGCGUCGACCUUCACUGCCCUCCUCCUCGUAUUGACUGUGACGGCAUGGCCAUCGCAUGUCGUCGUUGACAAGCUCCCUAUCUCGCUAUCUUUAGCUCACCACCUUAAUGUCAGCGGCCCCUUCGAGAACAUCGCAGAUACGGACAGAGCCCGAGCAAAGUCAUUCAAGUCAUGGACAAAUACACGUUCCGUCAAUCACACUUCAAAGCGAGACGUCUGGCCCGUUCCUCUGGCCAACACCGCUGUGUCAUACACCGUUAAUGUCAGCAUUGGCACUCCUUCAACCAACUACACCUUGCUCGUCGACACGGGUAGCUCACUGACAUGGGUCGGAGCAGGCAAACCUUACAAUCGUACCAGCUCUUCUCAAGCCACAAAUGACUCGCUGGAGCUAGUAUAUGGCUCCGGAAUAUUUACAGGACAAGGCUUCCUCGACACAAUUACUCUAGGGAACCUAACUGUCCUGCAACAGUUCAUCGGAGUGACGAAUUUGUCGAAUUCUGGUCUGCCAACUGGCCUCGACGGUAUCUUGGGUCUCGGGCCAACCGACCUCAAUGAAGGGAUCUCACUCACCAACUUCAGCGCCACAUUUCCCACUGUCACUGACAAUGCCUUCAAGCAGAGCCUCCUAGACUCCGACGAGGUUGGGAUGUUAUUCGAGCCAACAACGUCAGACAGCUCUGGAAUGCUGGCAUUUGGCGGCGUUAAUUCCAGCGCGUUGAAUGGCUCGAUUACUACUGUUCCCAUCACAUCGACCAUGCCCUCAACAUUCUAUAUCGGUAUAAACCAGUCCAUUACCUAUGGCAACUCGAGCCCGAGUACCUCUAUCCUUGGCCCCACGGCGGGAAUUAUGGAUGCCGGAACCACACUCAUCCUGAUUGCCACUGAUGCCUAUCAGAGCUAUCAAGAGGCAACAAACGCUACCCUUGAUGCUGACACGGGGCUUCUCAAACUGCCUGCUACUCAGGCCGACAGCCUGCAGAGUCUCUUCUUCCACAUUGGCGGGAUGUCGUUCGAAUUCACUAAGAAUGCGCAAAUCUGGCCCACCAGUCUCAACUGUGCGAUUGGCGGCGAUAAUAGCUCCGUGUAUCUCAUCGUUAACGACAUUGGUACCUUGUCGGGUGAGGGCCUGGAUUUCAUCAACGGAUAUGCCUUCAUGCAGCGAUUCUACACCGUUUAUAACUCGCAGAACUCGACCUUCGGGAUUGCGACCACGUCAUAUACCACAGCAGAUACAAAUUGAUAUAUCCAUUCUGCCGAGGAUACGCUAGAAGCUAUGCCUUUAUCCGGGUCACCAGAUUCCGGGUAUCAUAUACCCUUUUGUAGGAUCAAUACAGCAUUUGUAUCCAUGACCUCCCCGUAACACGAUGUUGAUAUAUACGCUGUAGUAACGCAUCCGUAUCACAGACAAUUUAUUAACGUACUACCGUUGCUGAUCAAG